CGAGCUCCGAUUUGUCGGCCGCGGACGAACACCUUGUCGUCGCAACUCGCAAGUACAUAUAAACCUCACUGUCACACCCACACUUGCCGCUGCUGUCUGCAGUAGCUCACCUACUUCCACCUUAGCUCACCCUCUCCACCGUCGCAGCGACAUCGACGGCGAGCUCGAGCUCGAGCUCUGGCUGGUUCUUGUUGGCAAGCUAGCUAGCUAGCUCAGCUCUCGCCAUGGGCAAGUACCUCAGGAGCAGCUGCAAGCAGCAGCAGCAGCCGUCGUCGCCGGCCGCCGUGGCGAGCGUCGCCGCCGCGGCGGUGUCGUCGUACUCGUACCUGACGCUGCGGAGCGGGCGGCGCGUGCCGGCGGCGGCGGCGGCGGCGGGAGGCAGCGCCUGCAGGCGGCGUCACCGCCGCGGAGGACGCCGCGGGUGCGCCAAGAACGGCGCCGGGAGCGCGCGCGCGUGCGGGGCGAGGUCGCCGACGUCCUCGGCGUCGUCCGGGCAGCGGCGGAGGUGUGAGGCGGUGGAGUGCUCUCACGGCGGUGGGCGGGCGGAGCUCUCGCGGUCGCCGCCGCUGGGGAAUUCCGUCGUCGUCGUCUCCGGUGACGUCGUCAGUGGAGAAAGAAAGUCUUUGAAGCCAAAUUCUUGUUCCCGCGAAGUGGCGGCGGAACACGCCGGCGAGCACAAGCACAACCCUGCAGCCGCCGCGGCGGCCGGCCGCCGGCCACCGCUGUCGCCGCCGGAAGCGGAGAUCGAGGCGUUCUUCGCCGCCGCGGAGCUCGCCGAGCGCCGGCGAUUCGCAGAGAAGUACAAUUACGACAUUGCCCUCGACCGCCCGUUGCAAGGCCGCUACGAGUGGGAGCCAGUGAGCACGUGAAAGGGAGGGGUAGAAGUGUCAACUCAACUCACACCCAUGUCUGCAACUCACAAGUGAUGCAAAGCUAGCUUAAUCAUCAGCAGCUAAUUAUCUGGGAGAGGCUGGGGAUCGAGUUAGUGACCUUGUUUCUCCUGCUAAUUCUCAAUUAGGGAAUUAAUUAAUUACUCCUCAAUCCUCAUCUCCACCUGUUGUCAGUUGGAUCUCACUACCAUAUAUAUCUCAGCUCUGUCAAUUAAUCUUUUGUAUAGUUGGUAGGAAAUAAUCAAGGAUAAUCCAGGUGAUUUGGAGGAUGCUUCUGAUGAGCUCCCCUCUUGCUAAUUACUAAUAUGUAUCUUCCACAUAAUUUCGCCUAAUUUACUGUUUAUUACUACUUAUUAAGCCCCUUC